AUGGUGAUUCAUAACUCAACAUCAAAUAAAAAAGGGAACAUAUGGUUGUUUUGUAAUAAGAACUUGCCUACAUCAACUGUUGUCUCCAUGUCAAGUCAGAUGAUUACAGUCAUCAUUAGGGAAAAUUUGGUGUCUGGGGUUCAUGCUCAUGUGGGUGUUGUGCAAAGAAGAUUUUUAUGGUCUGAGAUGGAAGCAAUAAGUGAUUUACAACUUCCUUGUCUAGCAAUUGGUGACUUUAAUGCCAUCACAACAUCAAUGGAAAAAGUAGGAGGAAAGCCAGCUAAUACUAGAAAUAUGCUUGAGUUUAACACUUGUUUAGAAAAAUGUGAACUUCAUCAAUCUCCUAAAUCAGGACUUGAUUACUCUUGGUCACAUUGUCAGCAUGGUGCAAGAAGGAUCUUAUGCAAUCUUGAUAGAGCAGUAUUUAACAAUUUAUGGAUUCAAAAACAUGGAGUACGGAGUUAUAAGGUUGGAAUGAGAAUAGCAUCUGAUCAUUCACCAUUACUGGGAGGGUGUGUUACUUGUCCUAAACCAAAAAAUAGCAAAUUAAAAAAGCUUAAAAAAGUUUUAGUAGAUUGGAAUUGGAGAGUUUUUGGUAAUGUGAAUGUGCAAAUUAAAGAAGCAGAAAAAGAAGUUCAAGAUGCAAUGAAGGAGUCUGAUGCUAAUCCUCUCAAUGAAGAAUUCUUGGAAAAAUUAGUGCAAGCUGAAAAUAAUUUAAAUUCUAAAGAAGUACAAUUAAGUACAAUGAUGAAGUUGAAGGCAAGAACCAAAUGGGUCAAAGAAGGCUCUGCAAACACAAGCUUCUUUCAUACAAAGCUGAAGGUAGACAUUUCAGAAUCUUUAAUUGGAGUAAUUCCAAAAUCUAUAACAGAAGAAGAUCAAGCAAUGCUGGAUGCAAUUCCUUCAAGUGAAAAAAUAAAGAAAAUUAUUUUUGAAAUGGAUCCUGACAGUUCUCCGGGUCCAGAUGGCUUUUCAGGGGGCUUAAACUCAAAUUUUCUAGUGCUUUUGUCAAAAAUUGAAAGUGCUAGAUCUCCUCAACAUUUUAGACCAAUUGGGCUGAGCAGUGUAAGUUUCAAGAUCUUCACCAAAAUCAUCACAACCAGAAUGUCAUAUCUUAUGAACAAGCUCAUCUCUCCACAUCAAGAUGCAUACAUAAAAGGAAGGAAUAUACAAGACCAAAUAGUUCUUGCUUCUGAGAUGAUAAAUGAAAUGAAGAAGAAAAGAAGAGGAGGUAAUAUUGGACUCAAGUUAGACAUAUCACAAGCCUAUGACUCUGUGAGAUGGAAAUUUCUAUUCCAAGUUUUAAUCAAAUAUGGUUUUUCAGUCACAUGGUUCCAAUGGUUAAGUACUUUAUUUGAAUCUGCAAAAGUCUCAGUAAUGACAAAUGGUGGUCCUAAUGGUUUCUUCUCAGUUGGUAGAGGAUUAAGACAAGGAGAUCCACUAUCUCCAAUUCUUUUUGUGCUAAUGGAAGAUGUUCUUAGUAGAAAUAUAUCCAAAUCGUUAGCUGAAGGCAACAUAACUCCAAUGGUAAUAAGAAAUGGAAUUCAUCCUUCUCACAUGUUCUUUGCUGAUGAUAUGUUCAUAUUUUGUAAUGGUGCAAAGAAAAGCAUUCAAAAUCUGAUGAAGAUUCUAGAAGAGUAUCAGAAAAUUUCAGGUCAAGUGAUUGAUAAAAGUAAAAGCAAGCUCUUUGUGGAUGGAAUAACAGAUGCAAGGACUAUGCAAAUUAAAGAGUUAAUGCAAAUAGAAGUAAGUUCUUUACCUGAUAGAUAUUUAGGAGUAAUUUUACAAGCUGGCAGAGUAAAAAUUUCAACAAUGUUGGCCAAUGGUGGAGAUCUUGCAAAAGAAACUGGCUACUUGGAAAGUGAUUCUCCUAUCAUUGAAUAUGUUGGAUAUUCUGAUUAUGUAAAAUCUCACAUCAACAUGAAGGUGUCAGACUUAAUCAAGGAAGGAAAAUGGAAUUUAUCUGGUCAGAUUAAACUCAUUCUUUCAGAUUAUACUCUGCCUGAAAUUGGCAUUGGAAAUGAUAACAUAAUUUGGAAAGGAGGCAUAAAAGUUGAGUUAGCUGUAGAAUGGCAUAUUCAAGAUAUAAUUAUCAACUUAGAUUCCAAAACUAUGGUAAAUGAAUUUGCAGAAAACAGAAUGCCAUGGUUUGUUAAAAUGAGAUGGAACAAGGCAAUUGCUAAGAUUCACUCUAUCCAGUUCAGGCAUAGUUUCAGGGAAACUAAUUUGUCUGCAGAUGCAGCUGCAAAAAAAAGGAGCUCUACUGGUAGCGGGUCAAAGAUAAAUUUACUAUGGAAGACCAUGUUUUUAUCAAGAAUAGAAUUGCCUGAUAUUGCAUAUUAUAGAAUGUGCUAG